AUGUCACGGCAAUCAACGCAACGCGCUGUAGCAGCCGCACUGACGCUGCUUCUAGGCUCCGUAGAGGCGGCCCAAGAUGCAAAUGCAAAAGAACACAGCAUACUGUGCAGGCUGCUGUCCGUGGCGGCAAUAGAGCCAGAACCAAAAACAUUGUCACCAGAUGCAAGCGCGCUAGUAGCGACACUGGAGGAAUUAAACUUCUCAAACAGCGACGCCAACUGGACAUCAAACUUCGAUUUUGCCGCAAUGACCGCCAAACCAGAUGAAUUGCCUCAAAAAUUUAGGAAAGCACCGUAUCCCCCAAUGUGGACAACGAUGUGGCCGAAAUGGUACGCCGCAGGCAAACGGGCCGGCGAGGCUAAGGUCGGCACCGCUAGAAACAGCGAUUACCCAGCCAUAAACGACGGGAGGCAAAAAAAACAGGCUCACAGUCAAAUAUCCGCGCUUCUUGACAGGGCGCUUUCAUUGAAAUCAAAGAUAGACAACCUCAAAGGAGCGGACGGCACGUUCGGCAUGACCACAGUAAGAUCCCACCUUCAAGCAGCGGCCUACGGCAAGCCAGAGGCCAACAAGCCGACAACGCCAGACGGCAUCCACGCACUGGCCAACUGGGACUCGGCAUGCGGCAAAUCAAACGUGGGCAAAAGCCUAGCAAGCGACAUGAUGUGCCUUUGCCACGGUACAGGUGUAACACCGCAAGACUGCGGGCUGACUGUAACGGCUGUCCAGUGGAACGCAGCCAAAACCAUCGAUGAGCCGUGGAAUCCACUCAAAACAUCUUGCCCAUGCGGCAAACCAGGCGAACUGACAGACGCAGUAGUUGAAGCGGCAGUGACGGACUUUACAAGGGCCCUGAAGGAAACCUCCACCGGUGGCGAAAAAGUGCUACACUUCGGCGAUAACUCCGGCACAGGGUGCAAUGGAGCAGACACCAAACUUUGCAUAGAUUACAGCGACUUCUUCAAAAAAGGAGGCGAUAGCGGAGUAAGCAAGAUAAAGUGGGCAGCCGAGCUUCGGCUGGCAGCAGGGCUAGCAAAGCAGACCGAAACCAGGCUGCAGCAAGCGCAGACACUGGCCCUGCUUGUAGAAGCACUCAGCGAGGAAGCAAAAAGCGUUUAUACAGCUGCCGCCCAAAACAGGUUAGUGCCACCAGCUGAAGCGGAACACCAAGCGGAUGCCAGCAGGCACCGUGAUCAGACGCAGGGCAUUACCGGCGAAAAAAAGCAAGAAAUUACAUGCCAGGAGGAAAAUAACAAGGAUAAAAGCAACAGCAAGGCCGGAUGCAAAUAUAAUGACAAAGAUAGAAAAUGCGAGGAAGAUCCUGCAAAAGCUACAGCAACAGCAGCACCAAACACAAACAGCACAGGAGACAAUUCUUUUCUCAUUAACAAGGCCCCUCUUUGGCUUGCAUUUUUGCUUCUAUAA